AUGCAAUCAUCAAUCGUUCAGGUAGUGUUGGAGCAUUUCCCAGAUACUCAUGAUCUACGUGUGCGUAGUAUUGAAGAAGAGAAGGUUGAAGAUGUGGAAGUGGAGGUGAAGGCGGAUGCAUCAACGGCGACAAGCUACACUAUUACUGCCAAGCCUUGUUCGCUCGACGCUAAUGGCACCGCAACUGACGAGAAUUCUCUUCCCCCGCCCUCGCUACAACCAACUGACCGCCUGAUACGAGUCGAUGGCCAGAAUAUAACCAUGUUAACGUUCCAAGACGUAAUUGAUAGUCCUGUGGGGAGUAUAGCUGUACUUCCGCUAUUUAAACCUGUGGGCUCUACUCAUGUCCUCUCGGGCUUUGCGCGUGUGGAGAUUUUAUCACCGAUAAUGCUCGAGUUUGAACCCGCCACGCAGCAAAGAAAGGAAGUUGUUACAGCAUGGGUCGAAGAGAAGGCGCGACUGAAAGCAGAACGAGAAGCUUGCGAACUGGAGAUUGCGAAUAACAAGGCGUUGCAGGCGAAACUGGCGGAGGAGCGUCGUGUGGCUGAAGCUCUUGCGAGGAAGGAACAGGAACUACUUGAGAAAUUGGACAAGGAGGAGUACGAACGAACACGCAUGACUCCGCAUAAUUUCGCGGCUGGGAAACGGAGGGACGGAUGGGAGUUCCGCUAUGAGGUUGAGUUCACGACGAAAGGUCCUAUCGGACUGUACUGGGAUUUAAACACAAGAGACAACGCAGUUGUGAGUCAUCUCGAGCCCAAACUACCUGCACAAAAAUUUAAUGUGAUCGCUCCACGCGACCAGAUAAUUUCUCUCAAUGGAAUCGACACGUCGAAGAUGGGACCUGAGCAAGUUGUUGAAGUCUAUCUGAGCUCUGCGUUUCCGCGUAAAAUGGUGUUCCUGGUUCAAAUGUCUGCGGAGCGCGCUGCAGCCAAAGCUGCUGAUAAGAAUCCAGUCAUGCGAGUGGUAAUGAACUGGACAUUGGCGUUUGAUGCUCCUGAAAUACUGCGAGGCUGGGGAGUUCGAUUACAUCUUGCCAGUUGGAGUAUCCCACCUGACAUGAACGAAACCAAUUCAAGUGUUCCACUACAACUGGAGUUCGCGACGCCGAUAACAGGCUGUCGUCAAUUCCCAGCAGCAGCGCAAUUCUCUAACAACGAAACUUCAGGCGUAAUAUACCUCGCUUACCGUGGAGCCUGCACCCUUAUCGAGAAGGCAAAUCAUGCCAAAGGAGCCAAUGGUAAAGCUCUUCUGAUUGUGAACAAUGCUAAGGGCGAAGGGAGGUUUACUUCUACUGGAGCCGCUGUGGUGGAACAUGUUGAAUUUCCCGUCACUCUGUAA